AGUCUUUGAAAAUUUAAUGAGAUUUGUUUUGGUCUAUUCUGCAAAAUGAAGCCUUGUUCCUGAGGUCAAGUUAGUUGAUAACAUUUACAUCUUACAUAUCCUUGCUGUUUUCUCUCUACUGGUUUUGGCAAUUAUUGGAAUUAGCUUAUGGAAAUCUUCAAAUAUUACUGAAUUGCCUAUUUCUCCUUUCAGUCCUAUCAGCUUUUGCUUUAUGUAUUCUGGGGUUUUGUUGUUAAGCGUGCACGCGUUAACUACCGUGUCUUUCUUAUGCAUUGACCAUCUUAUAAUUUUGAAGUAUCCCUUUUGCCUCUGGUAAUACUUGUCUUAAGGUCUGUUUUGUCAGGUAUUAAUAUAGCCAUUCUGUGUUCCUGUGUAUCUCCAGAAGUGCUUGUGGCUGUUGUGUGAAUUGCUGGCUGCCAGUUAUCUGGCUACUUUCUUUGUGAAAUACCACUUUAACGUAAAAGAGCUAUUAACAGACGUGCUGUGAUUAUUCAUCUUGGAUUUUAAGUAGAUAUUUUCUCGUGAGUGAUCAAAAUGAGCCUACGACUUGAAUUAAAACAAUCGAUAGUAUUGUUGCCAGUGACAAAAUUCAAGGUUUUAGGUAAAAAUUACACUUAUGGAAAACUUGUCUCCACCAUUAUUAGUUUAACUGCUUCUCAAUACUUAAAAUACUUUUCUAAUGAAAUUCACAAACAUGCUUUUAUGAUGAUGUACAAUGAUGUAAUGAAUACAUGAUGUAAAGAAAUAAUGCAUGCCUAAGAAAUUCCUUCAAAAUGCAAGACAAACCAGUGGAUUUCAGUGUUACAGAAUUAAAAAAAUAUAUAUUCUUGAUAGGGUUUCAGAUUUCACAGUGCAGUUUAACUUUUAUUUUUCUUUUUUGAGAUGGGGCCUUGCGGUGUUGCCCAGGCUAGUCUCGAACUCCUGGCCUCAAGUGAUCAUCCUGCCUCAGCCUUGCAAAUAGCUGGCAUUGUAGCUAUGCAUCACCAAACUCUGCUAAUGCAAUUUAACUUCUAAGAAGCUAUCACUCAUUGAGUUUUGGUGUAGUGUCAAAGAAAAAUAUCCGUAAUUAUACAGAAAACUUAACUAAAUAAAAUAUGUUCUUUUUUAAAACUACGCACAUAUAUAUUCGUAGGAGGCUGAAUUUUCUUCUUAGACUUUAACUAAAACAACAUGCAGGAGUCCCCCAGUCUGCAGUUCCAGUUACCUGCUGUCAGCCAUGGUCUGAAAACAGACGAGAACCAUAUUGUGAGAGAGAGCGAGAAACUGUAUUUGCAUAAUUUUUACUAUAGUGUGUUGUAAUAAUUGUUCCUUUUUAUUAUUAGUUAUAGUUGUUAAUCUCUUUCUGUGCCUAAUUUAUAAAUUGAAUUUUAUCAUAGAUAUGUAAAUAUGGGGAAGACCAUAGUGUACUAUACAUGGAGUUCAUUGCUGUCUCUGGUCGGGGUCUACUAGGGGUCUUGGGCUGUAUCCCCUGCGGAUGGGGGGGUGGGGGCUACUGUGUUGUAACAGAUUCAGGCGCAGAAGCAGAUAUGAGAGUCCAUCUGUCUUUUCUAAUGUAAAGUGGUGCUACUUCUUUUACUGAUUUUUAUUGUUUGGGAAAAUAGUUGUUUUUCAUGAAAAUGUUAUUUAUGUUAACAUGUAAAGAGUAUAUUUUCAUUUUGAAAUGAAUUAAUAGUUAAACAUUUUAACAUUUUCUUGGUUUUAUGUUCUGGUAGGGUAAAAUUCAGUAGCUCUACCCCAUAUAAACAGCUGUUUGUGAUCAUUAAUAAUUUUUAAGAGCUAAAGAGUUCUCGAGACCAGAAAGUUUUGAGAACUACUUUAUUUAAACAAUAGAAUGACAGACCAACCCAGAGUGGUGGCUCACACCUGUAAUCCCAGCACACUGGGAGGCCGAGGCGGGCUGAUCCCCUGAGCUUACAAGUUAGAGCUAGAGUGAGACCUCCUCUGUUAAAAAUAGCCAGGCAUUGUGGCGGGUGCCUGUAGUCCCAGCUACUUGGGAGACUGAGGCAAGAGGGUCCCUUGAGCCCCAAAAGUCUGAGGGUACUGUGAGCUAUGAUGCCAUGGUACUCUACCGGGGUGACAAAGUGAGACUGUCUCAAAAAUUAAAAAAAGAAAAAUGACAGACCAAUUUGUUAUUGGGGAAGAAUGUGAGCUUUGCAGUUAGGUGCAAAUUCUGUCUCUGCUGUCCCUGAGACUCGGUUUCCUCAUUUGUAAAAUGGGGAUAAUGAAGCUAUUUUUUUGUUGAGUUUUAAGUCGUUGUUUUGUUGUUUUAUUUCUUCAUUGCAUGUUAUGAUGACUGAAGACAUGACUACCUCAAGUCAUUUCUUAAAAAAGAGGUUGAAAGGGCAGCCCCUGUGGUUUAAGGAGUAGGGCGUUGGCCCCAUAUACCAGAGGUGCUGGGUUCAAACUUGGUCCUGGCCAAAAAACUGCAAAAAAAAUACAAAUAAAAAAGAGGUUGAAAAAUAGAUUUGGCUAUGUUUUAAUAUGCCCCAUUGUGCUUUUACUACAUGUGAUACUGUUGUAUGGAAUCCCUAGAAGAGCAAAAAAUAAAAAUGUUUUGAUGUUAAUAAAAAAAAAAAGUUGAAAUUAUUUGAAGACAUCUUCUCAUACAGAUAAAGUGUUUUUUUAAAUGUAUAAAACUUUUUCUUUUGAACCUUUAUAUUCAUUUUUAAGUGUAUGUGUAAACUUAAAAUUUUACAAUUAAAGAACAGUAAAACUAAUUCAGAACAUUCACUUAGGCAUGAGACAGAUGGUAACUCUAUAAAAAGAUGGCAUAUAUUUUUGAGUGUGCAAACAGAAAAACAGAUACUCUUAAAAAUUUUAGAGUAAUCUUUGCCUAGAAAAUGAAAGGGAGCAAAAAAAGUCCAUAUGGCCUAAUAGAACUUUUUUAUAGUUUCUAAUGUCUAGGAUUGAAUUUUGUUUCUUUAAUAUUAGUAUUGAUAAAUAGUUUGUAAAUAUGGAUUGGUAGUUGAACAAGGAAUCAUUUUCAAGUAGGUAAAUUGCCACAUAGUUUUAAUGUGGUUGCCGGUCUCUUUGUUUUCUGGGGUGUGGAUGGGAUGGUAGGAUUAAUUUAAAUGUGAAUACCUAAUCCCUCAGAACCAAUUGCUGACUCUGCUAUCCAGGCAGUUACCCAUCAGGCUUGAGUGGAAAACAUGGUACUUAGUGAGUUCAUCUAAGACACAACCCAAUUCAAUAUUUCAAAGCAACUAGGGUCGCGCGUUUUAUUUUUUACAACAUGUUCAAAACAGGACACAACAGUGGGCUUUUUACAGUUGCUUCUUUUGUGGACAUGAUAUUGCUGAUCUUCUACUGUGCUGGGUUGUGUGAUAUGAGUGCUUUUCAGUAAGAAUGAGCUCAUGCUGAUUCCAUCUACACAAUCCCCAAGCGUAGACAUUUGUGGAAUAUUUCUCCUUUCUUUCAACUCCCACCUUGUGUUACUGUUAUGUUAUGAAGGGGUUUAUAUUACAGUUUAUCCAUUCCUAUGUGCCUGUCUCGCCUGCUGGAUUAGGAGACCAUAAAUUUAUUAAUCUGCCUGUCAUUGUACAGGGCUGGUCACAUAGUGGGGCCUUAGUAACUAGUGUGAAGUGAGUCAAUGAACAUGCUCAGAAUUUAAGCUGGGUCUUCCAUUAGAAAACUGGUGCUGAACUGCUGGGUCUGGAGGUCAAAAUCAUGCUCUCAGUUUUAUUGGUAUUUUCAGUUCAAGCUAAUGGUCUUGUUAUGGCAUUAUACUCUGGUGGUCCUAAGAAAGGCAGAACAGGGCCACAGAGGAAAUAAAACAUGCACAGUUGAAACAGAAUGUCUUUGUAAACAGUAUUACAGUGAUCAUUUAGUAUGACUAGAGAGCCAAGACCUUUUCCUAUGAAAUAAAUGCCUUUCAGAAAGUCUUGCAGGGGUGUCCAACCUAUGGCCCGUGGCCAGAUGCAGAUUACUAAGGACUGUUUUGUUUAUCUGUGACACUUGGGGAAAGUCCCACAGCAAGUGGCUAAGUAGGCUUUGAACUCACUGAGGCAUGCUCAGUCACCUCAAGGACUCUCUGUUUGGGACUCAGUACAAGUUUUGCAGAAGCUUCAGUGAUGGAAUGUAUUUUAAGCUAUUCAGGUAAAACGGGUGUUCAACCUGUGGCCCGUGGCCUGUAUACAGAUUAUUUGAAGACUGUUUUGCUUCUAUGUGAUGAUAGCUUGAAAAGUAUGCAUGGACCUUUUCUUUUAUUAAUCAGUUUUUGUUAGUGUUUCUGUGUUUAUUGUGUGGCCCAAGACAACUCUUAUUCUUUCCUGUGUGGGGCAGGAAAAAGCAAAGUUUGGACAACCCUGCUUAGAGACUCAAAAUUGUAGCAUUCUGAUGAUGGAACAACAAUGUACCAAAAAAAGUUUAGAAGCUGUAUUUCUGGAUACAGAAGUAAAAAUUUGCCAUGGGGAAAAAAAUGCAGAAAAAAAACUUCUGGAAAUACACUGGCAGUUGUUCAUCCUGUAAGCAUUUGUCUUCUCCGUCCUCUGUGCUCAGCCCUGGGAGUGUGACGAAAAUGGCUCCAAAGGUUAAAUGAAGCUGGAAAAAUACAUAGAUGCAGCGUCGCAGCCUCUCCAGAUGUUUGGGGAUAAUAUUGCAGAGAGAGGUUGAUCCCCUUGGGUUAGGUAACUAGUCAUAAUGAAGAAAAUUAGUCUUAAAACUUUCCGGAAAUCUUUUAACUUGAAUAAAAGUAAAGAAGAAACUGAUUUCAUGGUAGUACAACAAGCAUCCCUAGCCGGUGACUUCGGGAAAGAUGACUCCCUGUUUGGUAGCUGCUAUGGUAAAGAUAUGGCCAGCUGUGACAUCAACAGCGAAGACGAGAAAGGCGGCAAAGCCAGGUCCAAAAGCGAAAGCCUGAUGGGUACAUUGAAAAGGCGGCUUUCGGCGAAACAGAAGCCCAAGGGUAAGGGCGGCGCGCCGUCCGGGAGCUCCGCCGACGAGGACACCUUCUCCUCCUCCUCGGCGCCCCUGGUCUUCAAGGACGUGCGCGCGCAGAGGCCCAUCCGGUCCACCUCGCUGCGCAGCCACCACUACAGCCCCACGCCGUGGCCGCUGCGGCCCACCACCUCGGAGGAGACGUGCAUCAAGAUGGAGGUGCGGGUCAAGGCCCUGGUGCACUCCUCCAGCCCCAGCCCCGCGCUGAACGGCGUCCGGAAGGACUUCCGCGACCUCCAGGCGGACGCCGCGGGCCAGGAGCAGCCCAACGCGCUCAAGGGUCCGGCCUCGCCCAACGAGGACCUGCACCUACACCUGGACGAACAUGUGCCUGUCGUUAUCGGACUCAUGCCUCAGGACUACAUUCAGUACACCGUGCCUUUAGACGAGGGGAUGUAUCCUCUGGAAGGGUCGCGCAGCUAUUGUCUGGACACAUCUUCUCCCAUGGAGGUCUCCGCGGUGCCCGCGCCGGGGGCAGGCCGCCCCUUCCCCGAGGACGAGAAUCAGGUAGACCCGGACCUGGUGGUGGCCCCGGAGAUGUUCGCAGACCGGCCCGUGAGCGGCCUGCUGAUCGGCACCACGGGCGUGGUGCUGCAGAGCCCCCCAGCGGGGCACGACGACGUCCCUCCGCUCUCACCAUUGCUACCUCCAAUGCAGAAUAGUCCAUUCCAAAGGAACUUCGGUGGACUCGCCGGCUCGGAAGUCCACGUGGCUGAAAGCGUGCGCUGUCAUUUGAAUUUCGACCCUAACUCUGCUCCCGGGGUCGCCAGAGUUUACGACUCGGUGCAAAGUAGCGGUCCCAUGGUGGUGACGAGCCUUACGGAGGAGCUGAAGAAACUGGCGAAGCAGGGAUGGUACUGGGGCCCCAUCACCCGCUGGGAGGCCGAGGGGAAGCUCGCCAACGUGCCCGACGGCUCUUUCCUCGUUCGGGACAGUUCCGAUGACCGUUACCUUUUAAGCCUGAGUUUUCGCUCCCAUGGUAAAACGCUUCACACUAGAAUCGAGCACUCAAAUGGUAGGUUUAGCUUUUAUGAACAGCCCGACGUGGAAGGACAUACAUCUAUAGUUGACCUAAUUGAGCAUUCAAUCAGGGACUCUGAAAAUGGAGCUUUUUGUUAUUCAAGGUCCCGGCUGCCUGGAUCUGCCACUUACCCUGUCAGACUGACCAACCCCGUGUCCCGGUUCAUGCAGGUGCGUUCUUUGCAGUACCUGUGUCGUUUCGUUAUACGUCAGUAUACCAGGAUAGACUUAAUUCAGAAACUGCCUUUGCCAAACAAAAUGAAGGAUUAUUUACAGGAGAAGCACUACUGAAAGAUUGAGAGCCCUGCAUCUUGCACUUUGGGAAUAAGAAAAAAGAGAUUGAAAUACAGUUUACAAACUUUCAUUGCCAUCAGAAUCUUUUGCUGCCAUAACUAUUUCAGUUUUAUGUGUUAGAAGAAUCAUUAAUUUGUUUAGGGGCGGGGAAGUGUCUGCAAGGUGUUUUGGGUUUAUUUUGGUUCUUUAAAAAGGGAAGUCUUGAGGUUUUAGAAGUGUGAAUUAUCUUUUCAUCAAUGUGCAGAAUCACAAUGUGAAUUAUGAAAUUCUCCUUAUCCCCACCCCAAUCCUUUGCUGCUAUCCACUGUGAUUUUUAUGCAUUGAAAGCACAUUUCAUGUGUAUUCAACCCUAAGUAAAGUUCAAUGAAAUUUAAAAUGAAAAUUGCUAUGUCUUUUUAAAUGACCCGUUUUCAAAAGAUAGUGUUGAAUAAACAUACCUAUGUGAUAAGACAGAAUUUACAUAUACACUGAAAAUGAUUUUUUAAUUUCAUACUUUAAAAAGACUUAUUUAGAAUUAUGAAUUGAUGUAAUCUUGGGUAAUAGAAUGCAGAUCUGCCACAUAUCUUUGACAAUGCUCUUUUCUAAAUUAUUGCGAAGGUUGUGCUCAUCAUUUUGGUUGUCAAAAGUUGAAUUUUUUUUUUGCCUUCAUUUUCAUCUUGCGGUUUGUCUAUUUUAAUAAAUGGCCUUACAUUUAAAAAAUUGUAAAGAAAUGUAUACCACCAGUUUAGAAAUUGUUGCCUUUUCUGUCAUUAAACUCGGGUACAAAUUGGCAUAACAUAUAUAAAAACCUAUGGAACUAGAACUAUUAUUAAAGAGAUAUUAGAUCAUAGUUUCCUGUGAUAGCAUUUUUUUUGUCUGUGUUUCUUUACACUUUCCUUUGAUAAAGUGUUUUAUCUGUGAUUUCUUUAGCUCAGCCAACAUUUCCUUGGGUGAACUUGAUUAUACAUCUAAUUUUCAUAAAUGGACUAGAUUCUCUCUUGCAACAUUGAAGCUUAUAUAAAGUUUUAAAUUGAUUUGGUUAGAAAGGAAACAUUGUUUUAAAGUUAGAUUUAUAUUUUUAUGUAGUGUGCUAUUCAGUGUGAUGGAUUUGGCCACUCCUUCCCCUCACUUAAAAUAAUCUUCAAAGACUUUAGUUACAACACUGUGGAGAUCGUGGAGCAGUUUUUCUCACAGCGUGAGAAAAACUAUUAAAACCAUAUCAGGUAUAUGGAAGUCUUAUGCCUACCUGUAUAUACUGCCAUUUACAAAUAGAUUUUUUAUUUUAUUUUUUUUAAAUUUAGCUAGUCUUUAAGUAAUUUGGUAUCACUAUUUUAUCUCUCUGAGUCACUUGGAGUGGGGAAGGAUGUUAUGCCCAAUAAUUUUUAGUUAUUUUGAAAUGUGUAGGGUUUAUUCAUUUUACAGUUCUCCAGUGUUUGUAGUAUUUGGGAAUUACCUUGUCCAGAAGAUGUUUCCAGCUAUACAGCUUAAAGGAACAUGUUUCCAAGUUGGACCAUGUCAUUUGAGAUGUUUCUUCCUUUGUCAUUUAGAGUUUUCUUGUCUCUUCUACUUAAAACACUAGGGCUGAGGUCUUAGGUCAGAUUUACUGGCUUUGUCAUUCACACAUACCUGUGUCUCACUUUUUCCUCUAUUUGUCUUAUAGGGUCAGAACUGAGAUAUUACCAAGAAAAGGCACAGUGCCAUGAUAUCAUGGUGUUAGGAUAUUUUGAUUUAAAGGGGAAAGGUACUUAAUUUUGAUAGAAGGUUGAUUGUACCUUGUUACAAAGACUCCUCUUUGAUUGUCUGAUUUGUUUUCACCUAAUAAGAUGGCAUGGGGAAUAUACUGUAAUAAUAUAAUUAUUCACUAUAAGCUAUUUGGGUUAAGAACUAUUACAGAGUUGUAAGCUUGUUAUCAAAUGCAAGACUUUUAAACUAUUUUUUUGCAAAACUAUUUAUUUUUAAACAACUUAAAAUAUAUCUAGGGUGAGUUAAAAGUCUCUGUGCAUCUAUAUUAGAUGGCAGGUUUUGUCUCAGAGUCACUGUGUAUUAAUGAUAAACGUCGAAAUGGGUUCUCCGUAUCUCCAGGAGCACUUAUGCAUCCUCUCUUUGAGAUCAGAGUGCACAGAGGUCUUUGGACUGCCCUGAACCUGUCUUAUGUGGACACAACCUGUUCCCCGCAUUUUCUCUUGAUGCUCUAUGUUUAAGACCUACCCUUUUGGUGUCAAGAUUAUUCUAAUUUUCAUCUGAAUGUUUUAAAAAUUGUAUUUUAUGUUUUAAGGAGGGCAAGUCUUGAUACUGUUCUAAUUCAGAAAGCCAAUGUUUGAUGUGCUUUUAUAUAUUCAUAAUAUAUAAUACUUUUAAGUAAUAUGCCCUAUUCUUAUCCAACUUAAAAUUGUUAGAUUUUGAUAGUGUUAACAAUAAAAAUCAAAAUAUUUGCCAAAAUCUGAAUUACAAUUGCCAAUAAAUUUAUAAGCUAAAAGGUGUGUGUAUUGCAAAAUUCUCUUCUUUUGUGUAGAAAGAUAUCCAUUUGGCAGAGUAGCACAACAUAAUGUGAAAGAUUGGCUUUAUAUGCUACUGAAACAGGCUGGUUAAAAGUGGAGACAGGGCAAAAAGAAAGAGAACUUCAUCCUGUAGUUUGUUCUAGAUACAAUUUGGGUAAAUAUUUGGAUCCUAGUGAAAGGUAACAGGUGAUACAGACAACCUGUGAAUCAUUUUUAAAUAUGUGCUUCUAAAAAUUUGCUCAAGGCAAGAAAAAGAAAACAGGAAAGUUGCAUCCAUUUGCCAUAGUAAGUGAAUCAGAAUUUUUUUAAUCAAAUAUUUCAUCAUAAAACAUGAUUGAGGACAGAGACUAUUUUUAGGCUUACUAGGACACUAUUAUGGGUUUUUAUAAAUCAUGAGAAUGCUAUAGAAAGUACUUGAAAAAUAUCUCAUCCUUUUUCUGUCUAAGGGAAACUGUUCUCGGUGCAAUAAUCUGAAAACUUAGAAGGUCAAAAUAUAUCACAGGAAAUGAUCAAAGAGCUAAAAAUAGUUUUUAAGGAAACCAGCUACACAGGGCAACCAUCUUGUUGUUGAAAAAAGUCAUGUGCCAAAAGACGAAAUCAUUGGCAUCUAGGAAAUAAAGUAUAUGUUGUGAUUUCUGAGCCAGUAUUAUUUAAACAGGAUAAAAGUUACUAAAAUCUGACAGAAGUUUAUGCAGCAUCUCUGCCAUUACUACAAGUGUGAAUACCUUUGUAAACAAUGCUUUCAGAAAUGCCAAUUUUAAUUUCUUUACAUUUCACAUCGUGUAUGAGAGCUGUUGCUUUAUGAACAAUUCAAAAUAAUAUAUUCUAUUUAAAUCUAAUUGCUUUUCAUCAAAUGUGAAGUCUUAUUUUGAAAAUGAAAUCACACUACCAGCAAUAGUUUCGUUGAAUACUCUAAUAAGGAACAAUAACCAGUUCCAUAAAUUACUUUAAAAUUCUAAAAGUGUUGGUACGCUAGUAAUCACAAAUUGGGUUUGUUAUAAUACUUUUUUAAAGAAGGUUUUUUAUAAACACCCUUUCUAUUAAUCAUAAUACAUGGCAAAAUGUGUACUUGCUAUUUCUGAAAAGUGAUCCAAACUGUACAUCCAGAGAUAAUGACAAAUUCUUAUAGAAUUUUGUAAUAAGUAUACAUGUUGGGUUAAAGAAAUUUCAUAGUUGUUGGAGUGCCAUGAAAUUAAUACUUGCAAUUCAGAUUGCUGUAGUUUACACUUUUUCUGUAUGUUUCGAAUCAGGUGUGUUAUCAUUUGUACUGAGAACACCACAGAAUGAAUUAUCCAAAGUCCAUUGAUUUUAAUAUGUGUUUUGGUUUGUAAACAAAUUAUAGUAACUUCUUGCACAUUUUUGGAAAUUGUUUAAGAAUUUAUGUAUCUGCUUCUAGAUACAGUGUGUAAAUAAAAAUUUCGUUCACAAGA